AUGGGUGUGUUCACUUAUGAAACUGAGUUCACCUCUGUCAUCCCACCACCAAGAUUGUUCAAGGCCUUUGUUCUUGAUGCCGACAACCUCAUCCCGAAGAUUGCCCCACAAGCAAUCAAAAACUCAGAAAUUGUUCAAGGAGAUGGAGGGGUAGGAACCAUCAAGAAGAUUACCCUUGGUGAAGGAAGCCAAUACAGCUAUGUGAAGCAUCAGAUUGACAGCAUUGACAAGGAAAACUUUGUCUACAGCUACAGUUUGAUUGAAGGAGAUGCUAUCUCUGAAACCAUUGAGAAAGUCUGUUAUGAGAUUAAGUUGGUGGCAUCUGCUGACGGUGGUUCCAUCAUAAAGAACACCAGCAACUACCACACAAAGGGAGAUGUUGAGAUCAAGGAAGAGCAUGUUAAGGCUGGCAAAGAGAGAGCUUCUGGUUUGUUCAAGCUUAUUGAAAACCACCUUGUGGCCAACCCAGAUGACUACAACUAA